AUGGACGGAGAUUGGGACGAGGUUGCCCGCAUCCCACUGCCUCCGCCAGGUGUCCGGGCGCAUCCGACCCCGGUUUCGACUCUUGCCUUCGACACGGCGCAGGAACUUCUCUGGGCCGGCAAUCAAUAUGGCCGGGUCACUUCAUUCUACGGGCACGAGCUCGUGAAGUACACCUCGUUCAAAGCGCACACCUCUCAAGAUGGCCCUGUCCAUCAACUGCUCUUCAACGAUAAGGGCGUCAUUGCAGUUGGUUCAAAGAGCGUGCAUAUGGCUGCAAGGAGGGGGGGUGCGAUCUGGACAGUUCGACACCCCGAUAUGAAGGAGCUGCGAUGCAUGAGUUUCACGUCUAAGGGCACGGCAGAAAUCCUGGUCGCCGGCGAGCAGGACAAAAUGUUUGUCAUCGACGUUCACAAAGGCGAGGUCACCAAGACCGUCCCGACGGACUCGUACUACAAAAUCAUGCGCAGGAGCCGCUUCAUCUGUGCCGCCACGCCGAAGGGUGCCGUCCACAUCCUCGACCCGAUCACCUUCAAGGUCUCGAAAGUCUGGAACGCUCACUCGGCCGCGAUCAACGACAUGGACGCGCAGCACGACUUCAUCGUGACUUGCGGCUUCUCUGUGCGCCAGAACAACAACUAUAUGCUUGAUCCACUCGUCAAUGUCUUCGAUCUCAAGAACAUGAUCUCCAUGAGCCCGAUCCCAUUUCCUGCCGGUGCCGCCUUUGUCCGCAUGCAUCCGCGGAUGUCGACCACGAGCAUUGUCAUGUCGCAGAUUGGCCAGAUGCAUGUUGUCGAUCUCAUGAACCCCAACACUAGCAAUGUGCGGCAGGCCAACAGCUUGUCAUUUUUCUCAAUGAUCGAGAUUGCCUCGUCUGGCGAGGCGGUUGCUCUCGCUGAUGGCGAAUGCAAUAUCCAUCUUUGGGGAUCACCGAACAAGAUCCAUUUCAGCGAAUAUGUGACGCCGGUGGAGUUUGCGGACAGCGUGCCCUCAGCCCCUCAGAUGGAGUGGAAGGAUGAUGUACCAUUGAGCACAGUUGGGAUGCCGUACUAUAGAGAAGUACUGCUGUCGGCUUGGCCAGACAUGAUCACAGAACUCGGCGCCCCAGCCCCGAAGAUUGAACCGCAAAUCUUGACUGGCUUACAAGAAAGAGACUGGGGCUUCUAUGGGAAGAACACCAGAGGUCUGCGCCGAAACCAGGUGGAAGAUACUAGAACGACUUUGCGGAACAAUAACAACCUCAUGACUGUCCCGAGAUUCCUGAGUGAAAAAGCGCGGGAUUUGGCGAAAUCACCGGCUGGGACACCGGCGCCUGAGGAGACCUUUCCCGAGUACCCGCUGGUGCUGCCAGAUACCAUCGAGAGCCACAAGGUCGAAGUACCAGACCUGUACCAGCCGGUCGAGAUCAAGUAUAGCAGAUUUGGCAUCGACGAUUUUGACUUUGCUCACUACAACAAGACGCACUACUCUGGUCUACAGAACCACAUUGUCAACGCCUACGUCAAUUCACUUUUGCAGAUCAUGCACUAUACCCCUCUGAUACGCAACACUGCGUUGAGACACGCCGCUUCUGCUUGCUUUGACGAAACAUGUCUUCUUUGCGAGCUCGGAUUUUUGUUUGACAUGCUGCACAAGGCAGAAGGAGAUGCCUGUCAGGCGUCGAACCUGACCAAGACGCUCAGUCACCAUCCCCUGACCUCGAGACUGAAUCUGCUCGAGGAGGAGCACCCCAACGGGUCACGGACCUUGAUGUUGCAGCAGCUAGCCAGGUUCCUCCUGCAAGAGAUGGCGAAGAACAAUACCGCCAUGUUCCCACAAACAAGAGUUAUAGAAGACCUCUUUCACACCGCAGGUGUGAGCGCUAUACGAUGCCACCAAUGUCGAGGCGAGACCACCAAGCCCGACUUCAUACCCGUCAAUGAGCUCAUUUACCCGCCAGCCAAAUCAACGCAUGGCCGAAACGCCAGAGCCCCAAAGACGACUUUUUCGCAAGUGCUCAAACAGAGCGUUGAGCGCGAAACCAUUAAUAAGGGCUGGUGCAACAACUGUCGCCGCUACCAAACGCUUGCAACGAGGCGCACCAUCCACAAGAUCCCGGGCGUGCUGAUGCUCACGACGGGCAUCUCAAACAGCGAGCAACGGCGACUAUGGGCCACACCUGGGUUCCUGCCUGAGGAGAUUGGCAUUAUCGUGGACAACGGGCAAUUCUUUUGUUAUGAAGGAGAGGAUCUCAAGCUCCACCUCCAACGGGCAAUCCAUAAUAUCACGGUGUACUCCUUGACGGGUGUGGCGACGAGCAUAGAGGACGGUCUGCAGCAGCGAUCUCACCUGAUUGCCACAGCGAACGUCGCUCACUCUGCCCCUGUGGCGCCCGGAACCAAUCAGUGGUACACUUUCAACGAUUUCGCCGUGAGCCCGGUGGCCGCGGAGGAGGCUUUGAGUUUCAACUCGUCCUGGAAAUCGCCUUCUGUCGUCAUCUUCCAAGUCAAGUCAGCCAACAACCAGAUCGAUUCAGAGUGGAAGAAGUUCCUGAAUCGAGAGCUACUAUACCUGGAUCUCUUGCACGACCGCGACCCCGCCGCCAAGACAUAUCGCACCCUCAACCCGGACACCGAACCGCCGGGUCCAGACACCAUUGUCGCGAUUGAUACCGAGUUCGUCCAAGUGUCGCAGCCCGAGAUUGAGAUAAACUCGGACGGAGAGCGCAACAUCAUCCGCCCCAUAACGCACGCGCUGGCGCGCACGUCCAUUCUCCGCGGCUCUGGCCAUGACGAAGGCGUGCCCUUCAUCGACGACUACAUCACUAUGAAAGAAAAGGUUGUCGACUACCUGACUUCGUACUCUGGCAUCACUGCCGAGGACUUAGAUCCAGAGAUUGCCGCCCAGCGCGGCCACAACCUGGUGCCGCUCAAGCUUGCCUACAAAAAGAUAUGGAUCCUGCUUAACCUGGGCUGCAAAUUCCUCGGCCACGGCCUGAAGCAGGACUUUCGAGUGAUCAAUAUUCACGUGCCCAAGUCGCAGGUGAUUGACACGAGUGACCUCUUCUACAUCAAAGAGCGCUUCCGCAAGCUUAGUUUGCAGUUCCUGGCGCACACUUUGCUGCAGGAAGACAUCCAGCAGGUCACGCACGACUCGAUUGAGGAUGCGCGCACCGCCUUGCUGCUGUACCGCAAGUAUCAGGAGUUUGUGGACGCAGGCAUCCUAGAUCAGAGACUGGCAGAGGUGUACAAGACCGGCGCGGCGACUGGCUUCAAGCCACCCAGCAAGAGCGGUCAUCAUGCCAACAACCACGGCCACGCCGGUGCCGCCAAUAGUAGUAGUGGUGGGUACAAUGGGCAUAGCAACAAUGGCUCCGCAAGGACUCGCACGCCACCAACCGGUGGCGUUGGUGCGAUGGGGGGCCCGGUGACGCCAGUCAGGCAGGGCGGUGGUAUUGGCGGGUUUGGGAGUGCUGGGGGUGGUAGCGGAAUCAGCGGGACCGUGUUUGGAAGCGGAGGGAGCGCGUUGAACAUGGGCAUGAGCAGCCCCGGGUCGAAUGCCGGGUGGAGUACACCUGGCAGAGGGGGAGUCGGCGGAGGUGGCGUGCCACCACCACCUGGGUUCCGAUGA